AUGGUAACGCUUCCCAGUCACGGACCGGCGAGCUCUGUGGACGAAUUCCUCGUGACUCCGCACAUCGUCAAGGGGUACAGGCACGUCUCGAACAAAUGGGACUGCGUUCUAAGUAGCCUGACGCUGAGCAAUGAAUUCGUGAAUAUAUGGAGUCAUGGCAUCGCAGCCGUGUAUUAUAUCUACCUUAUAAGCAUCCUACUGUAUGACGUAUGGCAACUGGAUUCUGCAGAGGAGUACGUACCCCUUAUCGGGCAGCAGUGUGGCUGUUUAGGCGUCCUACUUGGAAGCACCGUAGCGCAUACAUUCCACAGUGAAUCGCGGUGGCAUCACCUGGCCUGGUUCACCGUGGACUAUCUCUCCAUCAGCUUCUACUGCCUGACGUCGGCCAUAGCGCACUACGCUUACAGCCGACCACUGGAUGAAACCAGCGGACCAAUAUCAUUGUUUAGUGCCUAUACAUACUUGACAAUUGCUCUGGUAGGGCACACCUGUGUGUUUACGUCUCAGUGCUAUUUGAGAUGCCGAUUGCUGCAGCAAACCUCUCGACUCUACAUACUGGUGACAGGCUAUGCCGUAGCGUACAUUAUCAACUUCCUGCCCUUCCUUAGUCGUUACUACAGCGCUCAGGAGUCACUGGCAUCGGAUCCGUUCCACUGGGGGCAGUUCUACUGGGGUCUCGCUAGCGCCCUGGUGAUGUCUUGCAACAUUCCAGAGAAAUUUGCACCGGAGACGUUCUACAGUCUGAACGGACACUCCCUAAUGCACAUGGGAAUGCUGAUGAGCUUGGAUCAGCAGAGCAAAGCUCUGCGGAUGGACCUCGGCCGGUGGGCUCACUACCCGGACCACAGCCAACCAACAGUGACCGCAAUCUGCACGACGGUCUUCUUGUACCUGCUUAUCGGCAGCACGAUUACGUAUUACUUCGCCUAUCAUGGUCGUAAAGAUACAGUCAGCACAGGUAGCCGAAAAGGUACUGUGCUUAGCAAAAAGCAGCAUGAUCAAUAG